UUUUCUUUUUAUAUUUGAUUUACUGAAGUGGUGGACAUACUAUUUGUGAACAAAAUCUACCAAUUUAAAAAUCGGCUUUCCUUAUAAAUUUUUGUCUUGCCUAUGACAUUUGGCAUUCAAUAAAAGUGAAGAAGAGGAAGACCAAGGAAUAUUGAAAUACAACAACUUAAACAAGUAGAUAAGAGAUACGAAAAGUGCAAGGAUAAUAGCAAGAUAACCUUCAGAGAUGUCAGAACUAUCAAGCAGCAACUCUUCGGAUGGUUCUGAGUCACAGAGCAUAAAUGAUUAUGAUGAUUCUGUAGAAAUCAAGUCUUAUGCUACUUCGUUUGAUUUAUUGACUCUGGAGUCUAGACCUGAUCUCAGAAAUACCAAAUAUAAAUCUUCUACCGAUCAUUUGAAUUGUCCCAUUUGUCAGCAACCUUUUAUGGAGCCUUUGACUACGAUCUGUGGCCAUACUUUCUGUAAAGAAUGUAUCUAUGAAUGUUUGAAAAUGGCGAAAAGCAACCAGCAGAGCUCUGGCAGCGAUAGUUUGUCAGGGUAUUGUCCACUUGACCGGACGCCAAUUGACUCCGCCAACAUAAAUGAUUUGUUUCCUACUCCAUUGUUGAUUUCCAACUUGAUUGACGACUUGAAAGUGUACUGCUUGAAUCACGAAAGAGGCUGCGAAUGGGAUGGAAGUCGCUGGGAGCUCGAGCGUCAUGUUUUGAUAGAUUGUGGAUUUACAGGAGUGAAAUGCGGAGGUGUCAGAUACGAGAAUAAAAAUGCUGUUUGCCAGUUGCUUAUAGAGAGAAGGUUUGCUGACGAAAACCAUGGCUGUUCCCACCAGGUAUUUCAGUGCAAUUUCUGUAAUCAGGAACUCACCAAGAUGACUGAAAGUGACCAUUUGGAAAAUGAGUGUUUGUUCAAUUAUCAGACAUGCGAAUUGUGUUCCAACGAUAUGAUUCCCUUGAAGAACUUGAGCAAACACCAGGAGAAUUGCUCCAAGAUUGGUAUGGUCAAAUGUCCUGCUCACGAGAUAGGAUGCAAGUGGGUUGGAUCCAAUGAAACUUCGCUAGAGAUUCAUCAACAGGGCAACAACUGUCAGCUUAGCCAUUUCUUACCUUACUAUCACAAGAUAAACGACAAGGUGGAUCUGCUUACAGAGGAGAACAGGUUCUUACAGAAACAAAUCAACAAGAUCUUGGACUCAAUCGUUCAAGGAAAGAUUACUAAUUUGGGCUACAACGAGUCUAUCGAGGAGAUCAACAAGUUCAAGACAAUCGAAGACCAGGACAAGCUCUUGUACCUCAACUUUGAGAUUGAUAGGUUGAAAUUUGAGUUUAACGAGAAGAUCAUGCCGUUCAUCAAUAAGCACACCAUGAAUGAACAGGAAACUGUGAUCAACAAUUUGACUCACGACAACUUCAUGAUGAAAGAAGACUUAAAUUUGCAGAGGGUGUUAAUCAACAGCUUGAGAAAACAGUUGCAAUUCCUUUUGUUCUCGCGCAACAGUGCCAGAACCGGGGCAUUUGGUACAGGCGGCAUGGUGGGCUCGAUGGGAGCAGCUCCUAAUGUUCUUCUUAUGGAUGACGUUGCCAACGAACUUCUUGAAGCAUCUUCACGGAGCAGUUCCGAGGAGCGGUUGAACUUGAAAUUGUAGCACUAGCAAACAGAUCAAGAGAAUGCAAUCAGAAAAGGAAAGUGUUGCGAUUUGGAUUUUUAUGAUUUACGAGAGAAGAUUACUAGCUGAUAACGAAAAUGACAUUACUGACGUUUCUGAGUUAGCGACGACAUAUAGAUAAAAAUUUAAUAGAAUGGAUU